GGGUCUUCAGCUGUGCUGACUGCCUUGUUGCUCCUGAGUUCUGGAGUCUCUGUGUUCCUGUUUUGGCCCCUGCUUGCCUCUUGCAUCUCUGGGUCUGGACUCCAGUGUUCCUGCAUCUGUUCCUUUUCCUGACCCUUCCAUGGUCCCUGCUUGCUUCUGCUGGUCUCCUGCAUCUUGCCACCUUGUUCUGGUCCUGCGCCCUGGAUCCCAGCUUGGUGUUCCUGCCUCUGCUUGUUCACAACCAACUGAGCAGUGAGUGUCUUUGGACUUGAUACCCUGCAUGGUGGAUUGGGUCCUGGUGCCCUUUCCCCUGGCGAGAAGCUGCCUGGGACAUCUUAGGCCAUGACAGGCCCUUCUGGAGUCCAGGGGCCACUACUGAGAAGACACAUACAGUUCUGGAAGAAUUUGCACACGCUGCACGCCGUAGACAUGGAGCUGUAUACAGGACUCCAGAGACUGACAAUCAAGAAUUCAGGGCUCCGGAGCAUCCAGCCACGUGCAUUUGAUAAGAAUCCUCACCUGCACUACAUAAACCUCUCCGGGAACCGGCUGACGACGCUGUCGUGGCAGCUCUUCAAGACACUGAGACUUACUGAACUGAGGUUAGAACGGAACAUGUUCAGCUGCAGCUGCGACAUUCGCUGGAUCCAGCUGUGGCAGGAGAAAGGCGAAGCGAGUUUCCAGUACCAAGAUUUACACUGCACGACCAGGGAGAGCAGAGUCAUUUCUAUGCAGGAGAUGAAUAUCAGCCAAUGCGAUUUGCCUGAGAUCAGCGUCAGCCAUGUCAACUUGACAGUGUGCGAGGGUGAAAAUGCUGUGAUCACCUGCAAUGGGUCUGGCUCACCUCUACCUGAUGUGGACUGGAUGGUGGUCAACCUGCGCUCUAUCAACACCCAUCAGACCAACGCCAACUGGACCAACGUCCAUUCCAUCAACCUCACCCUGGUGAACGUCACAAGUGAGGACAAUGGGUUCCUGCUGACCUGCAUUGCCGAGAAUGUGGUUGGAAUGUCCAACGCAAGCGUCCUUCUCACCGUCUAUUAUCCUCCCCGCAUCGUUGCCUUGUUGGAGCCCAUCCGGCACAUGGAACACUGCAUUGAGUUUUUGGUCCACGGGAACCCUCCGCCUCAAGUCCACUGGCUCUACAACGGCCAGCUUCUCAGGGAGACAGAGUUCAUCCGAAUGGAACUCUUCCAGGAAGGAGAAGUGUUGGACGGCUGCUUGCUCUUCAACCAUCCAACACACUACAACAAUGGGAAUUACACGAUAGUCGCUACCAACUACCUGGGGACAGCCAACCAGACCGUCAGAGGGCACUUCCUGGAGAAACCUUUUCCAAGCAUUUCAGAUGGCAUUAUCACAUUUGAGUAUAGUCCAAGCCCUACUCCUCUUAUCACAGUGACGCACAAGCCAGAAGAAGACACGUUUGGGGUAUCCAUAGCUGUUGGACUUGCAGCCUUUGCCUGCGUCCUCCUGGUGGUCCUCUUUAUUAUGAUCAACAAGUAUGGCCGGCGGUCGAAGUUUGGAAUGAAAGGUCCUGUGGCUGUGAUCAGUGGAGAGGAAGAUUCCGCCAGUCCUCUUCAUCACAUCAAUCAUGGCAUCACCACGCCUUCAUCGCUGGACACCGGCCCGGACACGGUGGUGAUAGGCAUGACCCGUAUCCCUGUCAUUGAGAAUCCACAAUACUUCCGACAAGGACACAAUUGCCACAAACCAGACACGUAUGUACAGCACAUUAAGCGAAGAGACAUCAUCCUGAAGAGAGAACUUGGCGAAGGUGCUUUUGGAAAGGUGUUCCUUGCUGAGUGCUACAACCUCAGCCCCACCGAGGACAAGAUGCUGGUGGCUGUGAAGGCUCUAAAAGACCCAACGUUAGCGGCCCGAAAGGAUUUCCAGAGGGAGGCAGAACUUCUCACCAACCUGCAACACGACCACAUUGUGAAGUUCUAUGGUGUCUGUGGUGAUGGAGACCCCCUCAUCAUGGUCUUUGAAUACAUGAAGCAUGGGGACCUGAACAAGUUUCUGAGGGCGCAUGGUCCCGAUGCAAUGAUUCUUGUGGACGGGCAGCCCCGGCAAACCAAAGGGGAGCUGGGGCUUUCUCAGAUGCUUCAUAUUGCAAGCCAGAUUGCAUCAGGAAUGGUUUACCUCGCCUCCCAGCACUUUGUACACAGAGACCUGGCCACCAGGAAUUGCUUGGUUGGCGCAAACCUGCUGGUGAAGAUCGGUGACUUUGGGAUGUCCAGAGACGUCUACAGCACGGAUUACUACAGGGUUGGAGGACACACCAUGCUCCCCAUCCGUUGGAUGCCGCCUGAGAGCAUCAUGUACCGGAAAUUCACAACAGAGAGUGAUGUCUGGAGUUUUGGGGUUAUCCUCUGGGAGAUAUUCACUUACGGGAAGCAACCCUGGUUCCAGCUGUCAAACACAGAGGUCAUUGAGUGCAUCACCCAAGGCCGCGUCUUAGAGAGGCCUCGGGUGUGUCCCAAGGAGGUUUAUGACAUCAUGCUGGGCUGUUGGCAGAGAGAACCUCAGCAACGUCUGAACAUCAAGGAGAUCUACAAGAUCCUUCAUGCUCUGGGCAAAGCGACACCAAUCUACCUGGACAUCCUUGGCUAGCAGUGGCCACUUUUUCUGAAAUACUUGCUCUCUCCUUCUUCUCCCUUCCCUACCUCUCCCUUGACCUCAAGCCAACAUAUUCAUAUAAACUCAAGUGCCUGCUACACAUACAACACUGAAAGAGAGAGAGAGAGACUGGGAGAGAGAGAGAGAGAGAAGACAAAUAAACCUGGAAAGGCCCCAUCAACCAACCUGGUUUGGCUUAUAUAUAGAUAUCUAGAGAUAAUAUAUAGAGAGAUAUGCACCUUCCACAUCAGUAGCUACUGUUACAGAAAAGGUGAAACAGUAGAAAGAAAGAAAGAAAGAAAUGAAUGAACAAACGAACGAACAAACGAAUGAACACUCUUCAGUAUUAAAAAGAAAGAAAAACAGAAUGUUUGACUUAACUGUGUGAAACUGUGAAUCCUGCUGUGUUCAUUUGACUCAACCCACUUGGGAAUGCGAAGAGAUAAUCCUGCAACAGGAGACAGUGCUGGGGAGGCAGUUACUGCACUGUAUGGAAUAAAUCCCAUGGCACGGAACCUGCAAAGACUGGGCUCCAGUACAGAGUGAGGCCCUUUGGAUAAAUAGCCUUUUGCUGAUUCCAGCCCACCCACCCACCUUCCCUCUUAUUUCUUCUCCUCUCUUUUAUCCAUUGGGGGCAAGAGGCUGCCCCAAAUCCGCCUUACCCCACGUUGGACACGCUGCAGUUGGGAAAGGUUUACAGUACAAAAGGCUUACGUCACCGACGGGGUCCAAACAACGAAGCAACAAAACAUCAGAAAGCAGCCACCUGGCUGCAUGGAAACAAGUAUGGAUGUACAGUAUUCUCUCUCUCUUUUUCUUUCUCUCUCUCUCCCCUUUAAUUUUAUUUUUAAAGAAAAGAAAUUGUGGGAUGGAUGCUGAGCAGCCACCUGCCAGAGAGAUACAGGCAAAUGGUCUAAUGAGGCCAUUUGGGCCAUUGAUUCUCCAGAUCUUACUGUUAUGUCUACAAAGACCAGGUGCUUACAAAUGUAACUUCCUCACCGCCCUUGGUCCAAACAGGGAUUGCUUGGAAGCUGCGGUCUUAAUGGAGAUGGGCUGGGAGCCGAAAGAUCACCUCAACCCUUCACAGUCACAAUUGCAUGUGUGCACAUGCGCGCAUGCACACAUCCACACAAUUUGAUCCUUUUUUCCCCUCCUUAUUACUGUUUCUGAUGGUUUAUAUCACCCUUUUCUUUUUCUUGUACAAAAUACUUUGCCCUCCUGAUGUGGGUAUCAUUGCGCAACAUCCAUCACCAUGUUCAAAAGGGUGCUGAGAGGGCCGUCAAAGUGAUGAGGAGAGAGAGAGAGACUUUUCAGAAGGUUGCACAGUGAGUUUAUGGUGAAGCACAAAAGCUGAACUUAGAUGUCCCACAGGUCAUGUCCCGUCACUGCGUCUUAAACAGAGCUGGUCUGACCAUAUGGCCAAGUGAGGUAUUUGCCAUAGGUGGGAGAUAUUAAAACGAGACAGCAGAACACUGGUGGAGAUAACGUAUAAGCUACAUAGCCAGUCCUUCACCUCCCAAACUAACCUGAUAUCUACAGAUAUGGUGGAAAUAUUUGGCCCAUUUUUGAAGACAGAGUUGACUGAGGAUCUGGUUGCACAUGGAAUCGGAGGGUCUGUAAGGUGGUUCCUCAUGCAGCGAAAUGUUCUAGGUUGGCCCUGAUACUGAUUCACUCUCUUACUUUUCCAAGUUCACUGAAGUUUAAGAUCAGGCUGGAAUGCAAUAGGGAGCGGACCUCUCAUGUGAAGAAGUUUGUUGGCUACUGAUGGUUGUUGUGCAUUUUUCCGGCUCUUUGGCCGUGUUCUGAAGGUUG